AUGCCGUGCAAACUGAACGCCGUCUCCGCCGUGAUGCUAGCAGCCGCCGUGGCCCUGUGCCUACGCGCCUCUCCAGUGCCGGAGGUCAGCUUAGCAGGCGACACGUCGGGCGAAGAGGAGCAGAGCACGGUGACCCCUGAGCGCCUCAGCACGGCUCCAUACUGGGAUUUGAUACGCAAAGCCGCCAAACUUGACAAAGAGUUCGAGGAUGAAUUCCAGAGCAUGAGCAACGACUCUCUGGAGCAGUACAAGAUCCCAUCACUCCCGAGACCAUGUCCCAGCUCCAACUUCUCCAAGGAGGCCUGUCUCCAGCGGCUGAUUCACGGACUCUCCACUUACGCUUUCCUGCUGAAGCAUGUGGAGAAGGAGUACCCGGGCAACUCCAUCCUUCCCACAGUCGACUACUACAUCAGUGUGCUGAUCAAACUCAUGAAGAAGAAGAUGAGAAACCCAGAGUCAGUCGUCAUGCUGACCAGCAUCCAGGAGGAACAGCUGCAGAGGGAGCUGGACAACCCCAGCGAAUUCCACAGGAAAGUGACGGCGUACAGCCUGCUGAGGGAGCUGGGCUUCUUCCUGGUGGACGCCAAGAGGGCGCUGGCCAAGCGGGAGCGCUCCAGAGGGAGGCUCGGCCGAAAGACAACACCCUCGGCCUGAUCCGGCGGCACUGGCUCGACGACGUCGCUCGCGAUAUUAUUUAUUUUACCUAUUUAAAUCUGCUAUUUAUGAAUAUUUAU